AAGAACUUUGUCCUUGUAACCUCAGCUUCUCCUGUCUAAGUUUUAACCCAUUACCCCUUGUCCUAUCACUGCAGUUGAUGAUGAAGAGUCCCUCUCCAGCAUUCUUGUAGAAACCCUUCAGAAAAUAAGUUUCUGUGUAUGUAUGAUAUGUGAUAAGAGCAAAAUUAGGCCCUGAAUAUGAGAAAUCAUUUGAAAUAGAAUAUUCAGUGUCACUUGUAAAAUAUGCAGUAGAGUUACAUAGCAUUGAUAACUGUGGAAGAGCUCUAGUUUGCUAGGAAGUCUUUAACAGUGUUAAAAUAACAUCAGGAGAGGUUUCCAAAAGUGACAGUAGCAGCAGGAUGCCCUUCUGUAGUUAAGAACUGUUACAUUUGCAGGAUAAACUUUUAAUAGUUGAUUAUUCGGUAAAUCCACUGGUUUGAGAGGUGCAACAGUAGGGUUGUUUUUUUUUUAAAUGCUCCUCAGCAGCAGUCUCUUAACUGUAUGGGAUCUUGUUGUACCCAUGUUUUUUGUUCUCUCCAAGGGUUAGAUGCAGUAAGCAGAGAUACUCAGGCACAACAUCUGCAUUUCUGCAAAGCAUAGUGUACUUGGAAUCUGUGAGACCUUGUGUGCAAAGAAUAGAUAAGCUUACAAAUUCAGGGGUUAAAGCUGUUAAAUUUAUUACAUGAAUUAAUGGAAAGUUUUAAGUUCAUAAUCUGCACUAGAAAAUAAGUAUUUUCAGCUAAAAAAUGCUCUUCUGAAUUAAUUUCCUCAGGAUAUACAGGCUGCAUUAUUGUUGGUAUCUUUUUUUCUUCCUUCAAAUUUAAUCUAAUUUUUUUUAAUUGUUUUAUUCACUUCUUAUUUUUCAGGAGUCUUUGAAAAAGCCUUAGUGGUCAUGACAUUGUUACAAGUGACAUAAAUUAGCCAGUGGCUCAGGAUGAUGGCUACCCAGAAGACUACAAAUGGUUUGCAAGUGAUUGGAGAAGGGACUGGUAUAGGGAAAUCGACACUCCACAUGGUGGGGUAUUUGGGAAAAAAUUGUAAUCCUGUGGAAUCAACUGCACAUGAGCAUUGUCCAGUCUGCAAAGAGAAGGGCCAGAUCCAAGUUUUACGAACUUACCGCAUUAAUUUUCAAGAGUCCAUUUUUCUUUGUGGAAAUCCUCAGUGUAUCUACCCUCUUGGUUAUAAACCGUUAAACAGCAUAAUUACUUCUGCUGAUUCAGAAAAUCAUCAAGUUCCACCUACUGAUAAGAAAAGGAAAUUGUGUGGCAUCGGUGACUUUUCUCCUGUUGAAUCACAUCCAAAAAAAGCAAGAACUAAUAAUGUGGCAAAUGGUGUGCACAGUAUUAAUACAGACCCUGUUGUCAAAAGCUGUCAGAAUGGUUUAUGUCUUCCCAAGUCAAGCCUACAUGAUGUGUUACAAAAUGACCAGCAAAAACCUGAUAUCAGUGUGGAGGUCUGCACACAGAAGGUGGAUUUUGAAACAACCACAAACACCAACAACUCUAAAGCAAGUCCACCUAAUACUUCUACUCCUGGAGCUCAGCUCUUGCCAAAUUCUGAACUUUCCUCAACAAUAUCUGAAACUUUGCUCAAAAGUGAUAAAGGUUCCACUAAUAACAGAGAUUUAUGUCUUCAGUGGAGAAAUGUACAUAACCUUUGUUGGUUAGAUUGUAUUUUGUCAGCACUAGUACACUUAGAAACAUUAAAAUUUCCUUUAGCAGAAGACUAUAAUCAUGGAAAAUGUUUAGUCCAGGAACUCUUAACAAAAUAUAAUCAAGCAACUGUGCUUCUGAAUACCUGUAAAAGGAAUAAAGUAAAAGAUGUUCUUCCAAAAGCAGAAUCUCCUCUCAAUGAAAUCAGAAACAGAAUAUUUGCACAGCUUCAGACUCGGCUUAAAUGUGAAGUUGGUGAGAAGGAGAGUCCAGUCUUUGCACUGCCUCUGCUCUUACAACUGGAUCAACAAGCUGAGAAACUAUUCUUGCAUUCAUUUUCAUGGAAGUUUGAAUGUAUAUGUUGUGGCUACAAAUACCAGAACCGAUUAAGGAAAACACUAACGACAUUCACAAAUAUAAUCCCUGAUUGGCACCCACUUAAUGCUAUUCAUGUUGGACCAUGUAAUAACUGUAGUGAUAGAUCUCAAAGAAGACAGAUGAUUUUGGAAAAAGUACCCUCAAUAUUAAUGUUACAUUUCGUAGAAGGCUUGCCACAUAACAACCUGGAGAACUAUUCAUUUCAGUUUGAAGGAAACACCUACAAAAUAACAUCUAUUGUUCAGUAUCAAACAGAUAAGCAACACUUCAUAACCUGGUCUUUGAAUUCUGAUGGAAGUUGGCUUGAAUGUGAUGAUUUAAAGGGGCCAUAUUGCAAGAGGCAUGCAAGUUUUGAAGUUCCUCCUUCAGAGAUUCAUAUUGCUAUCUGGGAAAGGAAAACACCACAUGUGCCAGAAGAACUGAAUUCACAGUUCAAGAACAGAAAUAUUGAAGAUUUUCCUCUUAAUACUGUACAGUCAAAUUCCACAGUGUUGCACUGUGGUUUUGAUAACACUGUAGACAAAACACCCGCAGAACAUCUCAAAGAGGAUUCUGCAAGAAAUCCAGAUGAGAAACAGCAGCAGGUAGCUGAGGAUGAAAGUAUUGUGCCAGAUUUUCUAAACCAUGAGGAACAUGAUGGUCUUGCAACACUGAUGCUUGAAGAAAUUGAAGUUAACUCAGAAGGUAAAUCGCUGCCGAAUGGACAAGUGGUGGGAAAUAACCCUGUUGUUGAAAUGGGCACACCCCAAAAGCAGGAAUUAGAUCUUUCACCUAACACUCUGUGUACAAGAAGGUUUGCUGGAACUAGGCUAGCUAUGAGCAAUAAAUGCAUGUUAUAUGAAGAUUCCAGCAUCUGCUUAUCUCUAGAAAAGUUGAACCCAACAAAUAUUACUCCUUCUGUGCCCAAAACCCACCACCCUGACCUGUCUGACUCACUUGCUCAAAGAACAGAUGGCAGAACUAAUUUGCAUGGAGGAUUAAAUUCAGAACUACAGCUAAACAAGUUGUCGCCAGUAGAGAAUAUACAAAAAUCACCCAACUUAAAAGAUGCAAGGAAAACUGUAAUGAAUUCUCAGGUUGCCGGUUCUGCUGCUGCCAAUAAUUCCUUUCAGCCUUCACACAAAGACCAAAAAAGAGGAUUUGUAGGAAGCUGGGUAAAGAAAUUAUUAAACAAGAAUACUUCUUUUAUGCCUUCGAGUGCCUCAGCUCUCAAGAGUGAGAGAAGUUGCAAAACUCCCUCAAUGCAAAAAAUAAGUGAGGUGCGGUUGCCAGUUAAAGGAGCAAGUAACUUUGGUGGAUUUCAAAGCAGAGGUACAAACAAAACCACUGAGGCCCUGAAGUCAGUGGUUCCUCAGAGCAAUAAUACUCAUCCUUUAUCAGCUUUCAAAGGAUUUUCUCAAAGCACUCGUCUUCCAACAGCAAGUCAUACCACUACUGAAGGUCCAACUUGGACUAAGUCAGGAAAUACUUUAGGUACCUCAGGUAAAGUGACUCAGUUCCAUUCACAUAGCCAUAACUGUGGGAAGGCAGAGGAGUCAGAUACUGACCAAACAAAAAAACUUCGGCUAAAACUGUUAAAAAAACUUAAUGCUAAAAAGAAGAAGUUGGCUUCAUUAGAUAGGCUGGCAGUGGAACGGGUGAAACAUGGAAAAUUUGUGAAUGGAGAUGUAAGCACUGCACCACAGACUGAAUCUCACAAUGACAGUGAAUUACUGCAGAGCUUUUUAAGGGAGCUGCAGUGUCAGAUUGAUGCCGCAGAUAAUGAAUCUGAAUUCAGCAGAAACUCUGUAUCAGGGUGCACUAGCAAUGACGAAAUACUGGCGGAGUUACUGUCCCCUGCUUCAACAGUUGCUUCUUUAGAGGCUCCAAAAAGUGAGGAUGAAUGUAUGUAUAUGGAAAUGGUGGAUAGCAGUGUUCCAACAGCAGCAUCUGAUGAGAAGACCAGUGUGCCACAUGCAGCAGUGACAAGUGAGGACCAUAAUUACUACAGUCCUGUAAAGGACAGUAAUUCAGAACUUCAUACAGUCAGCAAAUCCAGUGUGAAAAAACUUAAUUUUGAAAGUCCUACAAGGGAGGACAUCCUUGAAGACCUGUUCUCUAUUUCAGCACCAAGCUCAAUGGCAGGUGACAUAGACUUACCUCAUUUUGAUGAAAGUUUGUUUGAAACUUGGUAAAUAUUCCGUUUUUUGGGUUUGAGUAUUUUUCAAUAUUAUGUAUAUUUUGAAACAAAGCACUAUUAAAUUAUAUUUUCUAACUAGUUUAAUUGCACACUGGCUGUACUUGAACAAUUUCUAUUUGAGGUUGGUUUCUUUUAUUAUUUUAUUGUAGCAGACAAUAAGGUUUUAAUGCAUUUUAUUAUUCUGAGAAGCAGUUAUUUUACCUGUCAGAUAUAAUUACAACUUUUAGCUUAAAAACACCUAUGAGUCUUCAUUUUUGCUGGUUUUAAUAUGGAAAACUUACCAUAUUCUACUGAGUCUGAGAAAUAAUAAAUUUCAGUAGUCUUAAUGGUGUAAGAAAUACUGUUCAGGUAGUAGUGAUCACCCAAUUCCUGAAGUUAUUUUGUCUGACAUUUAAGAAAAAUCCCAAGAAAACAAAAGUACCUUCUGUAACCAGACAUGUUUGCAUCCUUUGAUAAAAAGAUCAUUUGCAACAGUAAACUGGAGGCUGGUAUUCUGCUAGGAGCUCUGUUCUCAGAAUUACUGCUGUGUAAGCUCACUUUGAUGUGUCCACCCCUUGGAUCCAAGAAAGGGCAGAUGCAUAGUAGAAAUUUUCCUAUUUAAAUUUACAGCAUGUACUGAAUUUUAAUCCUGGGUAACUGAAAAUAUAAUUUGGCAGAAUAUUCUUCUGAGCCAGGUUAUUUUUAAAGUAAAAUUAAGAAGAUUCAGGCCAAUGUUUGCAGCACUGAGAAGGAAUUUCAGAUGUAACUUUUCAUUAUUCAUAUCUACAAGUUCGUUAAUAGAAGAUAGGUUUCUAAGAAUUAAAAUCAACUGUAAGUUAACAUCCAUUGCAGUUGUCACUAGGAGAUUUUAGAGCAGUGCUCCCCAUCUACAUGUGAGAGUGCCAAGGAGAGACAAGGCCAAUAGGAAUUAAAUAAUGAACAUUGUGUCAAGGCAGCAGAGAGUAAGCAGAGGGAUUCACAUCUUGGUGUUUGUGGUGUUUGUAUUACUUUCAUUUUGCUAGCUGGGAGUCUUUUAUUUUCACAAGACACAGACCUCAGGGCAUUAUAUGCUAAAUUAGUUUAGCUGCACAUUUUUCUUGCACUCAAAAAUACCAGGAUUUUUCCCAGCAAGCCCUUAUUUCAGCCAGUUUUAGAGGUAUUCUGCUUUUUUUUUCAUUGAUGUAGAUCUGAAGGUAAAAAAAUAAGCCCUCAGUCUUGCUCUUCCAAUAGGUGCAAUUGAACAUACUUGGUAUUACAAGGCAUGGCUACGGAUGUAAAUGGUCUCGGAUUGCUUGAACCAGGUUCAAGAAGUGUUUGAAUAACUGUCAGUGGCACUGAACUCACCUUGCCAAGCUAUUUCUAUUGCAGUUAUGUACAUGUUUAUGGAACUGGCAUUUCAGACAAGGAAUGGUUUAAUUCUUGAAAUGUAAAUCUUUGUAAAGAGCUUGAACUCCUUUGUUUUCAGGGUAAUUGGUAACGUUACAGUAGAAAACAAAUCGGUGGAUUCUGAAUGCAAAGUGCCAGUGUACUGCUGGUGAGAUACUGGCCUGUUACGAAUUCCCUUAUUAAAAACCCUGAAAUGCUGA